UAAUAUCUUAAAAUUCAAAAAUAUAAUUACGCAAAAUUUUCGGUAUAAUGUCGGAAUCAAAAUCAAAGGCGGAACCUCCGCCUAGUCAAAAACAAAUGCCAAAUGCUUUAAAAUUCUUUUUUGGCGGUCUAGCAGGAAUAUGUGGUGCUAUUAUUGUACAACCGUUUGAUGUUGUAAAAACUCGAAUGCAGGUUUCGGUAACAUCGAGUGGAAAGAACGAAUUUAAUAGUUCUUUCCAUUGUGCUCAGACUAUAUUUGCCUCGGAAGGAGUAUUGGGGUUAUACCGAGGGUUAAGUGCAGCAAUUCUAAGACAAGCUACUUACACUACUACCAGAUUGGGAAUAUAUACAUAUUUGAAUGGUCAGUAUGAAAAAACAUAUGAAAGCAAACCGACUGUCUUAGCAAGCAUGCUUAUUGGCGUCGUUGCUGGAUCCAUUGGUGCUAUGGUAGGAACUCCGACUGAAGUUGCAUUAAUUCGUAUGCAAGCGGAUGGUCGCUUACCACCAGCAGAACGGAGAAAUUAUACUAAUGUAUUUAAUGCACUAUCUCGAGUAAUUAAAGAGGAAGGCGUUGCAUCCUUAUAUCGUGGCUGUUUUCCUACAACUGUUCGAGCUGCAAUUGUGAAUGUGUCACAGUUGGCAUCGUAUACACAGUUUAAAAUGUUCUUCAAUAAGCAGUUAAAUAUGCCCGAUGGUUUUAAAGUGCAAUUCGCUUCAAGCAUGCUUUCUGGCUUACUUACAACUUUAACUUCCAUGCCAAUGGAUAUGGCUAAGACACGUAUACAAAGCAUGAAAAUUGUUGACGGUAAAGCUGAAUAUUCAGGAUCUCUUGAUGUUCUGCUAAAAGUUGUAAGAAAAGAAGGUGUUUUCGCUCCUUGGAAAGGAAUAACACCAUAUUUUCUACGUUUGGGGCAACAUACAAUUUACACUCUUUUGUUUCUGGAACAAUUUACUCGCAUGUACUACAAAUAUGUUCUGGGUGAUGAUAAAAGAACCGGUCUUUAAUAGCAUUUGGCUACAAUUUAUUUUGGAAACUUUUAAAAAUAUAUUUUUGAAAUUCUUCGUAUU